AGCGGGAAGAGUAGGGGCAGGGGAGGGAGGAGGUAAGUCUACCCUUUGUUCGGCUGCUAUGUUAUGCUCCUGCGGUGUCCAACAAUCAACCCAAGAUAGCUUGUCCGGAUAUAGGCUUAUCACUGGAAUUGCCUUUUGUAAAGCCGUUCCAUUCAACAAACCUUUUUUCUCUCCUAGAAGAAUUAUGGAGAAAUUGACAAUACGGACAAACAAGGCAGGAAUUCGUUUUCUUUUGUUUCGCCUUCAGCGGGUGAGGUGCGAAAAGGGGGGCACCCCUGCAUUUGGUCUUAUGUCACCAGUUAUUUCUGCCCUUUCCAGUUAAUUUUUCGCAUUCUAUCAUAAAGGAAGGAAGGUCCAGGAGAGGACAUAACGCCGCAGAUGUGAAGCGGAGGGAGGGGGGAGAACUUCCGGUUUUAGAGGACACGCCCCUAUUGGUGACUCACUUGUGUGUCGCGUCGUCGUAUGCCAACCAGUGUUGGUGCAAACUAACUCGUCACUUCCCUGAAAUGGCUGUGUACUUGCGAAGUAACCGCGGUGGGCUGAAACUUCUGCACGAAGGCUUCGAGUAUGACAAGGAACGUUGCUUCAAAGAAAAGGUGAGCCUUUCACUGAGUUUGCGAUUCAAAUGCGAUCUUUUUUUAAUAGUACGAAGAUUGUUACGCCGACUCUUCCUGUCUUUAGCUAAGUUAUAAUUUAUAAAAACGCCUAUUCCUCGCAGACAUACUGGCAAUGUAGCCGGAAACUGGAGUGUAAAGCAAGGGCUCACACUAUUGACGAAGAAGUUGUCAAGCUGAUCAACGAACACAGCCAUGCUCCCAGCCGACUGGACCAAGAGGCCAAGUUGGCGUACUCAUCAAUGAAGGAAAGAGCACGGACGACUGAGGAACCCAAUCAAGCCAUCGUCGGACACCUGGUGGCCGAGAUGACACCGGAAGCUUGCAGUUACUUACCGCCUCAGGACACUGUUAAGAGAACAUUAAGGUAAGUGUUAUACACGAAUGUUACGAAUUAACAUCUUUGCUACCUUAGCAAAAUAUAUGCCACCUCAUAUGCUAUGGAGAUGUCCAGUUUAUCAUCGGGCUAGCCUAAACAUUUUUAAAAUUGAAAAUAUAGUAAAAUAAUAAUGAGUAACCGCCCUAUAGUUGAAACGUGACAGCAAUAAUAUUUCCAACUUUUUUGCAUGCAGGAGGGCGCGGGCGAUGGAGCAACGGCCGAUGCCUCUCCCUUCACGCUUAGAAGACGUCGUCAUCCCUGCGCAGUACGCGUCGAAGAUUGACGGGUCCAGAUUCCUGUUGCAUGACUCCGGUGUGCAAGACCAGGACCGUUUCCUUAUCUUCUGCAGCCCGCAGAUGGUUGAUGUUCUCCGAACAUCUAAGAAGUGGUUCGCCGACGGGACGUUCAAGGUUGCGCCUGAGUUGUUUUACCAGGUUUACAGUCUACACUGCGAAGUGGGCGGCUCCAUCCUGCCUGCGGCAUACAUUUUGCUAACGCGGAAAGACUGUGGGACGUACACGCGAGCCCUGAACACCCUUAACGCCGAGUGUGGGGGAGAUUGCGAGCCAAGGACCGUCACAGUGGAUUACGAACUGGCGGCUAUCAACGCUUUCAGGGCGGUCUUCCCAAGCGCCGACGUGCGCGGGUGUUUUUUUCACCUGUCGCAAUGUGUCUACCGCAGACUUCAGUCGGAAGGACUACAGGAGCUGUAUGCUUUUGACCCCGACAUAAACCUGGAAGCUCGCAUGAUCCCAGCUCUUGCAAUUGUGCCCCAGGACGACGUGGAGGGGGCAUUCACCGAGCUUGCGUCCAGCAUCCGCGCAGAACUUCUCCCGGUGGUCGACUACUUCGAGGAUGUGUUUAUUGGGCGGCUAACGGCACGGGGCAGAAGAGAUGCGCAGUUUCCAAUUAAGCUAUGGAACCACCACGACACCGUUCUCCAGGGCGGCUCCAAGACCACGAACUCAGUGGAAGCCUGGCACCGGAGCUUCCAAGCUCAUGUUCAGUGCUCGCACCCAACUCUCUGGAGAUUCUUGGAGGUGCUACAACGAGAAGACGCCCUGCAACUUCACCGGCUUGGAAGACUCGAGAUGGGCCAGCGCUUCAAGCAGGCCUCGAAAUACGCGAAGGCUGCAGAACGGUUAAAGACACUUGCUAGAGAAUACGACGCUAGUGAUGUGCGACGCUUCCUUAGGGGAGUUGCCCGCAACGUGUCGUUCUAGGUCCCGGGCCAUGUGCCUUUUGUAAAUAAAAGUGGUCCACAUUACAUUUUGUGUACUAUUUUGCUUCUGAAUGCAUUUGGCUUCGGACUUUUGCUUGAUAAUGAAACCCACGACUAACCUAUGAUGUGUAUCUUUACCUGUUUCUAUAGUAUUCAGAAGGCCUAUAAUCUCGAGCUACUUUCCAGAAAGAGCAUUCCAUCAGGAAUAAAGUCAGACAAGCGAAUAAGUUUGUGUUUAGCUAUACACCUGCUAGCUAGGAAAAUAUCCUCGUAGUGUGAAAGAGGAAAGUAAUUUAACUUGUUUAAGGUAUGUAUGUCUUAAUAACGAGCAGAAUCAACCGUGUUUGAAUUGGGACAAGCUUUAUGUCUUAAUGAAUACAACUGUUAUAUUUUAUGCGUGAACAUAAAAUGUCCGAAUAACUGCAAGUAAGUUCAACUUCCCGAACUUCAAAUUUACACCGAAAUUUCCGUGCACCGAAGCGACCGUACACCGAAAAGUCCGUACACCGAAAUAUCCGUGCACCGAAAUUUCCGUGCACCGAAAUGUCCGCACCGAAACGUCCUACACCGAAAUGUCCUACACCGAAAUGUCCG